CACUCAAUUCUGUCUUUGGUUGCCUGCCUCCACGCUUCCCCUCGGCCUCUUGAAAAAUAAUCUCUCAGUAGGGAGUCUGGAUCCGUCUCUCGGUUUUCAAAGCACUUGACGAAAUCCCUCCCAACAAAUGGUCUACACAAUCUCGGGGAUACGGUUGCCUGCCGUUCCCUCAGCGUGCAAGUGGUCGCGAUCGACCUCCAAUGGCAAUCGCAAUACAAAACUCUCUCUCUUGCUGAAGGACUCGAUUUGUCGGAACGUCUUUGUUGGAAUGUCUUCACCUGGUUCUGACUCCUCAUCAGUAAUGGUUGCUGCAACUAAUAAAAUCCUUGUUCCUGGCAGUCAAGGAGAUGGCUCUUUAUCCUUGACAGACCAGUUGGAAAGCCCUGAAACAGUUCAGGAAGAUCCCCAGGUAUUGCGUGAUGUAGAUGAUAAAAUUAUUGAAGAUGACAAGAAGCAUGAGAAUGAAGUAAAAUUUGUUGAACCAACCAGUGGAUAUAAUGAGUUUGACAAUGAACAAGAUUCAGCUUCUUCAACACUUGUAGGUGAUGAUGGUAGAGCUCAUGGUGAUAAGGCAUCUACUGUUGAUGAGAAAAAAGGUGUCAAAAAGGAUGAAUCUAGACGAAGGACCAUUUCCCCACCUGGCACUGGGCAAAGAAUAUAUGAAAUCGAUCCAUUUCUGAAUAAUCAUCGCAAGCAUCUUGACUACCGUUAUGGACAAUACAAAAGACUGCGUGAUGCAAUAGACAAGCAUGAAGGUGGUUUGGAGGUGUUUUCUCGUGGUUAUGAAAAGUUUGGUUUCAGUCGCAGUGCCACAGGUAUAACUUACCGAGAGUGGGCGCCUGGAGCUAAGUCAGCAGCAUUGAUAGGGGAUUUUAACAAUUGGAAUCCUAAUGCUGAUAUUAUGAACCGGAAUGAGUUUGGUAUCUGGGAGAUCUUUUUACCAAAUAAUGCUGACGGUUCUCCGCCAAUCCCACAUGGUUCUAGAGUGAAGAUCCACAUGGAUACUUUAUCUGGCAUUAAAGAUUCCAUUCCUGCUUGGAUCAAGUACUCUGUACAGGCUCCAGGUGAAAUCCCAUACAAUGGCAUAUACUAUGACCCACCAGAAGAGCAAAGGUAUGUAUUCAAGCAUCCUCAGCCCAAGAAACCAAAAUCACUUAGAAUAUACGAGUCACAUGUGGGAAUGAGUAGUACGGAGCCAAAAAUAAACACAUACGCCGAAUUCAGAGAUGAUGUGCUGCCACGCAUUAAAAGACUUGGUUAUAAUGCUGUUCAGAUCAUGGCUAUUCAAGAGCAUUCAUAUUAUGCUAGCUUUGGGUAUCAUGUCACAAAUUAUUUUGCCCCUAGCAGUCGUUGCGGGACUCCUGAUGAUCUCAAGUCCCUAAUAGAUAGAGCUCAUGAACUAGGUCUGCUUGUUCUCAUGGAUAUCGUUCAUAGCCAUGCAUCAAAUAAUGUCUUAGAUGGGCUGAACAUGUUUGAUGGGACUGAUGGUCACUACUUCCACUCUGGGUCACGUGGAUAUCAUUGGAUGUGGGAUUCUCGCCUCUUCAAUUAUGGAAGCUGGGAAGUACUAAGGUUUCUUCUAUCAAAUGCAAGAUGGUGGCUGGAAGAGUACAAGUUUGAUGGGUUCAGAUUUGAUGGGGUGACAUCAAUGAUGUAUACUCACCAUGGACUGGAGGUAGCUUUUACGGGAAAUUAUAAUGAGUAUUUUGGAUUCGCAACUGAUGUGGAUGCUGUGGUUUACCUGAUGCUGGUCAAUGAUGUCAUUCACGGACUUUAUCCCGAGGCUGUUAGCAUUGGUGAAGAUGUCAGUGGAAUGCCAGCAUUCUGUAUUCCUGUCCAAGAUGGUGGUGUGGGCUUUGAUUACCGGCUUCACAUGGCGAUUGCUGAUAAAUGGAUUGAGCUUCUCAAGAAGAGAGAUGAGGAUUGGAGAAUGGGUGAUAUUAUUCACACACUCACCAACAGAAGGUGGUUGGAAAAGUGCGUUGCCUAUGCAGAAAGUCAUGACCAAGCUCUUGUUGGUGACAAGACACUUGCGUUUUGGCUGAUGGACAAGGAUAUGUAUGAGUUCAUGGCUUUAGACAGACCAUCAACUCCCCGUAUUGAUCGUGGAAUAGCACUGCACAAGAUGAUCAGGCUAAUUACCAUGGGAUUGGGUGGAGAGGGAUAUUUGAAUUUCAUGGGAAAUGAAUUUGGACAUCCUGAGUGGAUUGAUUUUCCAAGGGGUGCUCAACAUCUUCCUAGUGGCAAAGUAAUUCCUGGGAACAAUUCUAGUUUCGAUAAAUGCAGGCGCAGAUUUGAUCUUGGAGAUGCAGAUUAUCUAAGGUAUCAUGGAAUGCAAGAAUUUGAUCAGGCAAUGCAGCAUCUAGAAGAAACUUAUGGUUUCAUGACUUCUGAGCACCAAUAUGUAUCACGGAAGGAUGAAGGAGAUAGGAUUGUUGUCUUUGAAAGGGGGAACCUUGUUUUUGUCUUUAAUUUUCAUUGGAUCAACAGCUAUUCAGACUACCGAGUGGGCUGCUUGAAGCCUGGAAAAUAUAAGGUUGUUCUGGAUUCAGAUGAUCCAUUAUUCGGAGGGUUCAGUAGGAUUGAUCACUGUGCUGAGUACUUCAGUUCUGACGGGUGGUACGAUGAUCGGCCCCAUUCUUUCCUAAUAUAUGCACCUAGUCGAACGGCAGUGGUCUAUGCCCUCGCAGACGGAGUCGAACCUGUCAAAAACCUGAUUUGAUUUCAACAAAAGCUUCUCCUGAUGUGAUGAUUUCGCUUUGCUGCUUUCCUGGAUGCAGUUCGGUCCCUGUAAAUUUCCGCCGUUUUACAGAGAUGGGGUAAUUCGUAGUUGAGUUAGAAGAAAAUGGGCAAAGGGCAGAACGUACAGCACGAAAUUUCAUAUUAAUGUCUUGGGUGUAUUUUCUUUCAUGCUAGAGCGGCCAAAGAUGAUUUUCUUUUAUUUUUAUUUUUAUGUGAAGCGCUGCACUAACAAUGUUAAUGUCCUGAUAUUUAUGAGUUGCGUUAUCUGAUUAAAUGCAAGAUAUUAGGCCGCACUUGUGCUCGCCUACUUUUUCCUUGUA